CUCAGAAACAGAGAAACCAACAAAAAAAUGUCAACACUGAAUCAUCUCUUUGAUCUCCCAGAGCAGAUUUGCUAUGUGCAGUGUGGUUUCUGCACUACCAUUUUACUGGUAAGUGUCCCAUGCAGCAGCUUGGCCAUGGUGGUGACAGUGAGAUGUGGGCACUGCUCAAGCCUUCUGUCGGUCAAUAUGAUGAAAGCCUCGUUUGUCCCACUCCAGCUCCUAGCUUCCCUUGGUCAUGACCAUGAUGAUGAGCCAAAAGAAGGAGCAGUUUGCGAAGAAGUGGCUGCCCCAAGGAAGACCGCCGCACACAGGCGAAGCCCAUCAUUGGUGACCUCUUCUGACAAUGAAGAAGAAGACAUAGUUCGUGUGAAUCCCACAGUCAACAAGCCUCCGGAGAAGAGGCAAAGAGCUCCAUCAGCUUAUAACCGCUUCAUCAAAGAAGAGAUCAGGAGACUAAAAGCUCAAAAUCCCAACAUUCCACACAAAGAAGCCUUCAGCACUGCUGCAAAAAAUUGGGCCCACUUUCCUCCCAUGGACACAAAAGGAGACGGAGAGAGCUGUGGCCUGGAUGAAGGAGAGGCGUUAUGGAACUCUGAUGCUACCCAGGUUCACAUACAAGGCAAUGAUUUCCGUGAAAGAAAAGCUGCAAGGAAUUCCAUAUGGGUCAAGACACCCUUUGAGUGAAGAUGCCCUUAAUAUAGAUCUCCACUGGUCUACUUCUCCUAUCACUCCUAAUUUAUGGUCAGCCAUCGCUAGGUUUCAAACCAUUUGCCCUUCUUUUUUUAUUUGCCCUGGAAUGAGGUCAGGGCACUCACUCACUGACUUAAAACAACAACUUGAGUAAUUUUUAGACAGAUGCGCAGUUUACUACUACUCUGCAUGGGUUUUUAGCUUGCUUUUCUAAAAUAUUACUAAUAACGUCCAUCUUGCUUUCUUUUCUUAACUAAGAAUGAGCUUGAUGAUAAAGGGUUCGUGUGAAUUAAUUUGCU